GCCUUCCCUCAUCAACCCUCCCUCACCCUAUCUUUAAUUCCCCUGCGUCAGCGAUCAUCACCCUUUCUUCCCGCAUCCAACCACACCCAAGGAGCAUGGGCCUUCAUAUAUACUCCUGCGGUGGCCAGCGGCCAACAAACUGUUGACAGCAUGGGCUCGGGAGGCGGGAUGAUGAAGGCUAUCGCAUCAAAAGGUCUCGUCGUCAAGAUCAAUGUAGCCUUGCUCUGCUUCUUCGUCUUCGCCUACGUCGCCCUCUAUGACCACAACGCCACCAAGAUGGUCUCCUGUUCCUUACGAGCCUGCCACAUGAAGAAGGUAAGGUGGAAGGAGUGUCUCGGAGAAAGACUGGGAGAGAGACCCGGACGACGAUGGAGACGGUCCCCAGCUUCCUCAGGACGCUGCUGCAUGGCAGCACCAAGAUCGGGUUGGUGAACAUGGAAGAGGAGCAAGUGUUCGAGUGGGGCCUCGUCGGCAGGGCCACGGCCGUCGACUUCGAGCCGGUCUCCGACAACUUCAAGUGGGAGGACCUGUUCCCGGAGUGGAUCGACGAGGAGGAGGACAACGAGGGUCCGUCGUGCCCCGAGAUCCCGCUGCCCGACCUCUCGCGGUACGGCGAGAUGGAUGCGGUGGUCGCCGAGCUUCCGUGCCGAGCGCGCGACGUAUUCCGGCUACAGGUCCAUCUGGUGGUGGCCAACCUGGCGGCGCGGCGGGGGAGAAGGAACGCCCGGGGGGAGGUGAGGGUGGCGCUCCGGAGCGCGUGCCGGCCGAUGAUGGAGCUGUUCCGCUGCGACGAUCUGGUGGCGAGGGAUGGCGAGUGGUGGAUGUACGAGGCCGAGGCGUGGAGGUUGGAGGCGAAGCUGGCGCUGCCGGUUGGCUCCUGCAACCUGGCCUUGCCACUGUGGGAGAAAGGAACGGACGUGGUUUACGAUGCGUCGAAGCUCGCCGGACCGGCGAGCCCCCGCCGUCGGGAGGCCUACGCCACCGUUCUCCACUCCUCCGACAUGUACGUGUGCGGCGCCAUCGCCCUCGCCCGCAGCAUCACCAGAACCGGCUCCACCCGCGACCUCGUCCUGCUGCACGACACCUCCAUCCCCCACGACAAGCUGCAGGCACUCGUCGCCGCCGGGUGGACGCUCCGCCAGAUCGAGCGCAUCCGCAACCCGCGUGCUCGGAAGGGCACCUACAACGAGUACAACUACAGCAAGCUCCGCCUCUGGCAGCUCACCGAUUACCACGUGGUCGUCUUCAUCGACGCCGACGUCCUCGUCCUCCGCAACCUCGACCUCCUCUUCCACUUCCCUCAGAUAUCCGCCACCGGCAACGACGGCGUCAUCUUCAACUCCGGCGUCAUGGUCAUCGAGCCAUCGAACUGCACCUUCAACGCACUGAUGGCACUCCGGGAGGACGUGGUCUCGUACAACGGCGGCGACCAGGGCUUCCUCAACGAAGUCUUCGUGUGGUGGCACCGCCUGCCGAGGCGGGUGAACUUUCUGAAGAACUUCUGGUCCAACACCACGGCGGAGGCGAGCAUGAAGAACCACCUCUUCGCCGCCGACCCGCCGGAGUUGUACUCCAUCCACUACCUCGGCAUCAAGCCAUGGAUGUGUUACAGGGAGUACGACUGCAACUGGAACAUAGGAGACCAGCGAGUUUACGCGAGCGAUGCGGCGCACGCGACGUGGUGGAAGCUGCAUGACGAGAUGGACGAGGGGCUGCGGAAGUUCUGCGUGUUUUCUGAGAAGAGGAGGGAGCAGCUGGAGCAGGAACGACGGCAGGCGGCAGAGUUAGAGUUUGGGGAUGGCCACUGGAGGUUGAAGACACCGUCGGACAGGAGGAACGUGACAAAAGGAGUGAGCAAUUUGGUUUAACUAUUAUCAGCAGGCAUUACCGUUGAUCUUGCUCACCCUCUUCUCGGGGAUAAUUAGAGUUCGAUAGAGUUCAUAUACAUCAUGUGCUUGUAUCAGAUAAAGCUCAGAGGAGAAAGUAUACAUCCCUCAGUUCUCCAUAAUGUUCAUUAUGCUUUGCUUGAAACACUGGUGGAAAGUCGAGGAUGCGUUACUUCCUCGUCUCUGUUCACCGGUCACAAAAUUAACCAGGCCUGCACGGCAAGGUUGGAUCAUUUAUUUGCCACUGCUUCCGAGAGUAUAGCAGCCAUCGUAAGACAGGAAGAGAAGGUGAGUACAACUUUGGUGACUGUCA